UGUGUGUAUGUAAACUGAAACUUAAUUAACAAAUACAAUACAUCUGUUACACCAUACAUAACACGAGAUCAAAGAAAUUUUUAUAUAUUUAUAUAUAUAUACAGUGUGUCUAAGUUUACGUUUAAAGUUUAUAUUGAAUAAUAAUAAUAGUAGUUGUGGUGGAUAUGCCAUCUAAAUAUACUGCACCGCGUAUAUGGAAGCGUCCGUAUACUAGUAUUUAUAAUCAUAAUUACAAAUAUGGUAGUAGUCUAUACUCGACCGAAAUAUCUAGCAUUGAGCGCAAAUACAACGAAGCUCUGGCCAAAACUACAUUUCGGUCGGACCGUCCGGAUCUCAAUUUGUCCUCAUUUUUGGACAGCCAACUGACUGGCGAGUCGGCCCGUCGGGCACUGCGAACGUCCGCUUCGACGGAUGCGGUAAACGAUUUGUUGCUCAGCGAUAGAUAUCGAUCGUUAAGCUCGACUCGAGCUAAGACAACUGCAACCACUGCCACUGUUGCUGAAGAGAGCUCAUCCCGUCGAUUGCAGCACUCGGAGUCUUUCGACAAUUACGCCCGAGCUAUGGUCAGUAUGAACUCGGAGAGUGCGGAACUUCGUCGCAGUCGAUCGACAACCCGUCGCCGGCGCCCGGAAAGCACUAUUGGCAUUAUGUCGUCCGGUAUUGUCAUACCGUCGACACCCUAUGAAGAGUCGUUGCUUAGUAGAGAUACUGGACAUCACAAUCAGUCAUUUUGGUCAGAAAAAUGCCGCGAAUUGCAAACACAGAUCGACUCAUUGGUACAUCAAUUGUCUGAAACUGAGGAUAAAGUGCGUAAUGAAAGCAAUCAAAUCAAGACUAAGUUGUCCAAUGAGGUCACCGACCUAUUGCUUACUAUUGACGAUCAGGACAGACAAAUACAGGACCUCCAGAAGAUGACCAAAAAACAGGCCAAACUUAUUGGGGAUCUGACACUUGAAUUGGAGGCAUCGCAGAGACACUACACCGACAUCAGCGAGACUUUGACUAUCAGUCAGAAAAAGUGCCAAAACUUAAGCAAUGAAGUCGACGAUAUUAGGACUGCUUUGGAGAAGUCAAAAACAAGUUUGGCAAAGGGAACAGUUAGCUUUUUAUCGACACUGCCACGACCAUCAUCACCACCGGCCGUUAAUAAUUAG